CAGGAGGCCGGCUGGAGGAACCAGUAACCUCCCAGACGUGUCAGUAGCUAGGUCUACACUUCUUUUGGGGAGUGGGUGACAGUUAAUUUGGCAGAACGGGUGGAAUUUUGCGUUCAUCGUUUAUUAACUAACUUGGAUUUAUGUUCACAAGGGAUCAAUGACUCUCCUGUCAUUGCCGCAUCACGCGGCACUUCUCCACGACGACCACAACCACACAGUCACAUCUUCAGGUAGUAGACGCCCGUCACACCGUCACCUGAUGGGGAACCAUCGGGUACACAGAGCUUGCCGGCCGCCAAUCAGGACCAACAACGUCGAACAAUCAGUAGGUAGGAUAGGGAAACAGAAGAACCCCUCCUACCCUCCCUGGCUUCCCAUCUUCAUCUCCACAAUGCUCAUUCGAAGACAGAUGAAUGGGGGAGGCUGGGAAGAUCCCCAAGACUACUCCCCACCGGAGAUAUUCCGGACGGUUCCUUCAAGACCAUCAGAUGGGGAUACCAAGUCUGAUCUGUUCGGCAUCCUGAUCAAACAAGCACUCCUGCAGGGAGCAGACGCAGCAGGUGUGGGUAUAGCGGCUCGUGCAACCUCGACCCGUGAAAAGAAAUCCAAGAUGUGACUUUGGAUAGCAGGUGUGUGGAAGGCGGACGCUUACAUCUGAACCUGAAUGCUGAGCGCCCUACAGGGGGAGCGUAGGAUAGCUGGUCCCUGUAUAACGGCCGACACACAGGAUCUGUACUACAUAUCCAAGAUGUGACAUUGGAUAACAGGCCCUUGGACGACGGACGAUUACACUUCGACCUACCGUAGUGCGCCAAAGGGAGACUUCCGAAAGAAAAAGUGAUGUCUAUCAGAGAGUAAACACCUUCCCAGCAACAAGUGUGUCUGGUCUGGCUACAAGGCUGGGUGGAGCGGACGACCUCACUGGGACCUACAACAAAUGCCAUAAUGCGACUUUGGCAGUAAGUUCUGGCAGAACGGACGCGACACCCCAGACUUGUAUCCCAAGAUCCAGGGAGAGCAACAUGGAAGAUCCCAAGACAUCGCGGCGCACUUUUGGUCCUGGUAUAUCGAACGAUCAGGCUUGAUAACGUCCAAAAUUAUCAUUUACAAGCCCGGAAUAACGUAUCAGAUCAAGGAUAUCGUAUCAUAGAUCAAGGCUGUUACUUUAGUCAAAAACCGGGAACUGUCUUGAAUUGGUCGUCAAAUUCUUCAUUCGAGCAGCCAGUCAACCUUCCUCUGAAUGAUUUUUCAAUACUAAAAAUAUUUAAAGGAAAAUCAAAAUGAUAAUUACUACUUUUGUAUUAAUUAGUAAUUGUAAGACUAAUUGCAUCAAUGUAAAGAAACUACAGCCAUACUAAAUGUAUCUGUGCAUUACAUAAUUGUAAUUCAUGUAAGAUGUCAAGUGUUCAAUAAACUCUAGUCAUAAAA